AUGGAUUCUCUCUUCCUCUUCUUCGUCAUCCUCUGCAUCGCCAAGCUCUCGCCUUGCUUCUCCUCCCAUGUGUCCCUCUCUGUCUCUCCGAAGAACCUCUCCAGAUCCGGCGACAAGGUCUGGAUCCAAUGGUCGGGGGUGGAGAGCCCCUCCGAUCUCGACUGGCUCGGCAUCUAUUCGCCGCCCGAUUCAACCCACGAUAACUUCAUCGGAUACGUCUUCCUCUCCUCCGCCGAAGGAUGGAAGACGGGAGCCGGCGCGGUGGAGCUCCCCCUGGUCAACCUCCGGUCAAAUUACGCGUUCCGGAUCUUCCGCUGGACCCGCGACGAGGUGGACAACAAGCACCACGAUCACGAUCAGAACCCCCUCCCGGGGACGAGGCAUCUUCUGGUGGUUUCGGAAGAGGUCGGAUUCGCUUCCCCCAUGGCGCCCGAGCAGAUUCAUCUGUCGUUCACCGAUCGCGAGGACGAGAUGCGGGUGCUGUUCAUCACCGGGGACGGCGCGGAGAGUUUUGUGAAUUACGGAGAGGAGGGGCGCAUGGAUGGGAUGGUGAAGACGGAGGUGACGAGGUACAGUCGGUCGGACAUGUGCGAUGCGCCGGCGAAUACCAGCGUUGCGUGGCGGGAUCCUGGUUUCAUCCACGACGGCGUCAUGCGGAAUUUAAAGAUGGGAAGGAGAUAUUAUUACCGGGUAACCUAAUCAUCCUCGAGUUUCUCUGAAUCAUUUCUUUCGUGAAAUCUGAAUCAUUACUUGUUCCAGAGCUGAAUAUUGGGUGCAGGAUUGCUCAUUCUGGAUGUGUUCGGGUGCUCCAUGUUUGAAUAAUCUCACAAUAAUCUCACAUUAGUUGAGAGAAAAAUAAACUGGUGGUUGAUUCUAUAGAUCGAUUUUUGGUUCAUUGACUCGAUUUUUUCACACCCACAAUCUGUUGAUUAUUCAUUUAGUAUUUUAUAUUUCCCUGAAUUGGUCCAUAUCAUCUGAUUAUGUGUUAUUCCGGGUUUAAGCUCCCCUGAUCCAGGAUUUGUCCUAAUCCGAGAACAAACAUUAUUUUCACUACUUAUUUUCAACCCGGUUGCAGUCUUGGUGUAUCAUGUAUGUCCAGGAAGAGCACAGCAGUCUUCUUUUUUUUUCAUUUUCUUUUUUCCACGAACCCUCCACGUGGUUUUUUGUUGGGGUUUUAUUUGCAAAGCUUAUCUCUGGAAAGAACCAGCUGCAUCAAGUAAUAUAUCGAUCACCUUCUCACGAUAAUGAUAAGGUAGAUGACUCUCAGGGACCGUUGAAGCUAGGUGAAAUGCGAAAUUAUUUAAGGAGAUGGGAGCCAAUAAGACCUGCUUCUGUGGCAGUGUGCCACCAACAGGGAAUUCACAUCGAAGGGAAGCCCCUGCAAUGAAAUUAGAUGAUUGGACUAACUUUUUUCCAAAAUAUAGGAGACUUUGAAGAUUUUACCUGUCCUUCUUUAAAUAACAAUCGCCAGAUGCAUAUAUAUGUAAUUAUUUAUUUAAUUUUUUGAUUCACAGGCAGAGUAUUAUGUUUCUAGAUAACUUUUGAGAGCACUAAUUACUGUUUUUAGAGUUUCAUAAAAGAUAACAAGUUGAAACUAUGUUCUUCUCUUCAUCUCGGGUCAUUCAUUCCAUUUUAUCAACCAGAUACACACCGAUCUCUGUUCUGUCCCAUCAGCAUCAGGCUGAACCUUCUUAUAUUCCUUUGAGAUAUCAUUUCAGUUUGCGUGAAACAACUGUUUCUUUGAAGGUGGGCAGCGACUCAAAGGGCUGGAGCUCCAUUAAAAACUUCACCUCCAGAGAUAACAACGCAGAUGAGACGAUUGCAUUCCUAUUCGGGGACAUGGGCGCUUGGGCUCCCUACGCAACUUUCCGCCGCCUGCAAGAAGAGAGCAAGACGACAGUCAAGUGGAUCCUUCGGGACAUCGAAGCCCUCGGUAACAAGCCUGCCUUCGUCUCCCACAUCGGCGACAUCAGCUACGCUAGGGGGUACUCCUGGAUAUGGGACGAGUUCUUCAACCAGAUUGAACCCAUCGCAUCACAGGUCCCCUACCAUGUCUGCAUUGGAAACCACGAGUAUGACUGGCCUCUUCAGCCCUGGAAGCCCUCUUGGUCUUCUGCUUCAUAUGGGAAAGACGGCGGCGGUGAGUGUGGGGUGCCUUACAGCCUCAAGUUUAGAAUGCCAGGCAACUCCUCUCUGCCCACAGGAGCAGGCGCAGUGGAUACAAAGAAUCUCUACUACUCCUUUGAUUCAGGGCCAGUUCAUUUUCUAUACAUAUCGACAGAGACCAACUUUCUUCCCGGCAGCGACCAGCACAACUUCAUAAAGCAUGACUUGGAGGGCCUCGACAGGGGGAAGACCCCCUUCGUGGUGGUACAAGGCCACCGCCCCAUGUACACCACAAGCAAUGAAGUUAGGGACGCCCCACUGAGGCAGAAGUUCCAGGAGAGCUUGGAGCCAUUGCUGGUGGAGAACAACGUGACCCUGGCACUGUGGGGGCACGUCCACAGGUACGAGAGGUUCUGCCCCAUGAAGAACUUCAAAUGUGUUGACGGCCCUGCAGGGAUCCGCUCAGGGGGCGCCCCGGUGCAUGUGGUGAUAGGGAUGGCUGGGCAGGACUGGCAGCCAGUCUGGGAGCCAAGGGCCAACCACCCCGAUGAGCCCAUCUUUCCUCAGCCUGAGCAGUCAAUGUACCGUGGCGGCGAGUUCGGCUACACCAGGCUCACUGCAACGAAGGAGAAGCUCACCCUUACAUAUGUGGGGAACCAUGACGGGGAGGUACACGACACCCUGGAGAUUCUCUCAGGUUACGGUGCCCAAGAACAUGGGGAUAAUGAUCGAGGGGAGGUGGUGGUUCUUGGGUCCCCCUUGUCUUGGUAUGUUAAAGGGGCCAGUGUUCUGCUGCUGGGCGGUUUUGUGGGCUAUGUUCUUGGAUUUGUCUCCCGUUGUAGGAGAGAGGCUGCAGGAGGGAACAGCUGGACUCCUGUGAAGAGCGAAGAAGUGUGA